UAUAACCAGUCAAGAUGUCUUACGAUAUUAAGAAUAAAAUCGUCGCGAUUACCGGCGCUGCUUCUGGAAUUGGAUAUGAAGCAGCCAUUAAAUUUAUCCAAAAAGGGGCUAAAGCGGUACUCAUACUUGAUUUCAACGAAAAGCUUGGAGCCGAAGCAGCUAAAACGUUAAAUUCUAAAUUCGGUGACAACAAAGCGAUCUUUUACAAAUGUGACGUAACAACUGAUGUCGAAACAGUUUGGAAGAAAAUAAUUGAUGACCAUAAAAGUAUAGAUGUGUUAGUGAAUAACGCUGGUGUUUUAAAUGAAAAGUCGCCUAAGAAAACGAUAGACAUCAAUGUGACAGCGUUAAUCGAAUGGUCGCUAAAAUUUUGGGAAUUCAGUCGUAAGGACAAAUCAGGGAAUGGUGGAACAAUCAUUAAUUUGGCAUCAAUUUAUGGAUACAGAGUCGACCAGUACAUCCCCAUUUACCAGGCUUCAAAGUUUGCAGUAGUUGGAUUCACAAAAUCGUUAGGACACGAGUUCAAUUUUAAUAGAUCUGGAGUAAGAGUUAUUGUCGUGUGUCCUGGUUUCACAAAAACUCCUAUUGUAGGUGACAUACAAGUAUGGGACGAUGUCAUUAAACAAGAUUUGAAAGAUUUUACGGAAACACAACUUUGGCAGAACCCAGACGUUGUGGCUGAUGCAAUAGUUGAAGUUUUCGAAAAAGCUAAAAGUGGUACAGCAUGGAACAUUGAAGGCGGCAAUCCUAUUAAACAAGUUUAGUUAUUUCUGUGUUUUCAAGUUUGUUGCUAUAUGAUAUAAUUAUAUGUGAUGCCAUUUUCAAUAAAACAAAACAUUUAUUUAAUGCAAUAAAAGUGUGUGAGCAAUAAACAGGAAAUUAUUUAAUUUAAUUUCUUAAUCUUUUUUGUGAAGCAAAUACAACUUUAAUUUAUAUUAUGUGA